AUGGUCAGCCCGCAGUUCGAGCCUCCACGGCUGUUCAAGGACGGCCCAACGAUUCCAGCCUGGCGCCUCAGUCCGGCGACUUCGGUUUUUCCGGCGAAAAGCUUGGUUGGACUUGGCUUCGAAGAGGCCGGCUGUGGCAGACGUACGCGGAGCUCCGACCAUUUUUUGGCGGCCAGCUCGAUGGUUGGCGACUUCUUGGUGAUCAUGAUGACGGCCGAACGAUUUUCUGAUAUUCAGGACGUUGGAGAGGUGGCCUAUUGUGGAGCACCGGUCAAGCAGAGCUCAUGGAUGAAGAUGUCGGGGAGAAGUCAACAACAGCAAGAACAAGAUUCAUAG